AUUCGAAUAGUCGGCUGUCAGCAUAUUUCAGCUUGACUCCUCGUCGCUGGGUAGAGAUAUAGGCUUGAUCUGCAUUUUCUAUCGCACGUAUCACGGGGAGUGCUCCGAGGAACAGUUCGGAUUAAACCCUGCCGCUUCUGAUGGUUGGCAGACCUCAACUGUGCAUUUAUCCAAACACUUCCUGCCUCGCACAGCUAAACUGUGGAAUGAGCUAUAGCCUGCCGUAUUUCCCGACCUUUAAUCUUUCAAGGAAACGUACUCCCAUCUUAAAGGCCGGCAGCGGACUUGCAACCACUCUGAUGUUGGGGGUGUCUAUAGGCGACGGUAAUGGCUUACCAUCAGCAGAUUCGUAUACUUGUUUGCCUCCUAUAUCAUAAGAAAAUUUGCAAUAUUCUUGAGUCAGUACUUUAAAUUACUGUCCCGCUUUACACAGUGUCAUUGACCACCAGCAUCAUGAGUGGGACAGCAAUAUGUAUAAUUAUGCGCGUGCGAUAGAGAUAGAAACAGGUGGGUCAAUGUACAAAAUUCCUCGUGCUAAGCGUCCUUCCCUUAGUAAGUUUUCCUAAUUUCAGGGCCAAUACUAGUCUUCUAUACGGGCAAGUCCAACCCCAUGCUGGACACCGACCGGACAUACAAGCGACCCAGCCCCAGCAAGCGAGACACGCCGCCCGACACCAUCAUGUUAGUGACCGAUCAGGCGCUCAUCCGGCUCUCUGAAGUGGUACACCACGAAGGCCCAACGCGCACGCAUCUGAUUGAACCGCGCGUGUCCACGCGCAGGUUUGCGCGUCGGCGCGCGUCGACGCGCGUAUUUUAUGAUGGCGAUUUUGAACUGGAUUUCAACUUCGAGUACCUGCGGGAUGGCUGGCUGCUAGACAGCGUCGUCCUACUAGAAGACGGCGAGGAGGUCGGACGGACGACCAUGGGCGUCGGCGCGCCGUACGACUGGUCCUACUUCUGUAGUGAACCCCUUAUCAUAGGCAACUCGAGGGAUAAGAGCUACGUCACCAUAGCCAAGUAUCAGGUGGAACCUCUUCAAGUCAACUCGAGCAACCUCAGGUUCGAUGAAGAAGCCGUGGGUGGUGGUGACGCUGGUGGUGGUGAUGCUGACGGUGGUGGAUCAGAUAAGAAGACCUUUACUAACACUCAGAGCUGCGGCACCAAUUUCAACUGCCACAUCCUAGCCGGUCUGUUCGUGGCGUUUAUGGUCAUCACCAUAACGUUCUGCGGCAUCGCCGUACUGUUCGACUGCAAAAGCAACGAUCGCAUGGACGACCCUCAUCAGAAGCCUCUAGUUAUAGUGGCUCAGCUGUAGUGCCACAUGACGCACAUGUGCGUCACAGGCAUCAACUUCAACUGCGACACACAUUAUGGUCAUCACCAUAACGUUUUGUGGCAUCUCCGUAGUGUACAACUGCAAAAGCAACGACCGCAUGGACGACCCCAACCAGAAACCUCUUGUGAUAGUAGCUCAGCUCUUGCCGCGCUAACGAAAACCGUUGCGUAGCUGUAGAGCCACAUGACGCACAUGUGCGUCACAGCACUUUAUAACUGCACCAGCAAGAACGCAUGGACGGCCCCCUUAACCAGAAGCCUAUCGUUAUCGUAGCUCAGCUCUAGCCGCGUAGUUGUAGUGCCACAUGACGCACAUGAGUGUCACUUUGAUGAAUGACUGCGCAAAACAAUGAUCAUUUACAGUAUUUUAUUUUCAAUAACUUAUGCGUAUAUUGUUAGGAUUAUUUUAGGUAAAAUAAAAUUAACAAUUGUAACUACGUAGUUAGUUUGCUUUAUAAUAAAAUUAUUUAAAAUAACAUGCUAUUUACUAUCCACGCUGACCACAUUUUUAAUAUUUAUUGUUAAUGUAUUUAAGGUAAGUCAUACAUUGAUUAAGAUGUGUAAAAUCUAAAACAAAUUCGUGCUUCGAAUUUGACAGGUAAACGAGAUGGCGCUAUACAGCUCCAUACAUUUAGCGGUAACUCUGAAAUUAAACUUUCAUGGGACAUAUUCUAAAAUAUUUAGAUACCACGGUUACACUCAUUUGAAUUUCUCGUCGCUAUUGGCAACAUGUUUCGAACCCAUCGGGGGUCCUUCGUGAGGCUUGAGUGCUCGUGUCGGCUGCACGCCAUGGCUCCGUGCACUGCGCGCCGCCCGCUUCACCGCGCGGGGCAGUCCGCAGACGGAGUUGCCUCGAGCUCGCACAUCUCGCACUCAGUGAGAGUGAGAGAGGUAUACGAAUUUGCGGCGCCUUAAUCGUUCUUAUGGAUGUGGUCAAAUCAUGGGUUCAAAGUGUUCAAACCUCGCCAAUGUCGUAUUAUAGAACAGAGGGUACAUUUAUUCGAUAGCGUGACGUGACGUACGCGUUUGCGUUAAGUCUCAUUUUGUAUGGGAUUUAGAAACAGCGCGCCAAGCGGAACGUUUUGGAAACUCAAAAUCCCAUACAAAAUGAAACUUCACGCAAACGCGUACGCCACGUCUCGCUAUCGAAAUGUACACUAGGGGUACAGAAAAACUUACUAAAACGUAAAAAGUUGACUAAGU